AUGGCCCAGCAGCAGUCUCCUCACCUCACCGAUAUUCCCCAAGCGAUCCAGAUCGCAGCGGCCACCGACCCAUCUAUCGAUCCCUCACUCAAGCAGCAGGCCCUCGACUACCUCCAGAAAGUCAAGGAGAGAUGCGAUGAGACGUGGCAGGACUGCUUGUCCUUGUAUCUCCAGGGAGCAGGCGCGGCAAGCGCGGGUGCGAUCGGGUCGGACGGCAAGGAGAAGCUCGACCCCAGCAUGCGAAUGUUCUGCGAGCAGAUUGUCGACGCCACCAUGAUCCGCAAGCCAGAAGCUAUGUCCGCGCAGUCGCAGAAGGCCAUGUAUGACGCGAUCGUCGACUUUGUGCGCACCGAGUACGUCGAGGGCUCGUGUGAAGGUGGCCAAUCGUUCCUCCGGAACAAGCUCUCCUUCACCAUUGCCCACCUCUUCCUCAAUGCCUACCCCAACACCAUCCCGACCUUCCUUCACCCCUUCGUCGACCUCCUCGUUCCCUCCAACUCUAGCAAGAGCCUCAGCCCCUCCUUGCUAGCCGUUCAUCUCCUCAUCGAGAUCGCGUUGGAGAUCCACGACACUGUAAUGCGCACUGCCCGCCCUCACUCGGGCAGCCGCCAGCAGCGCGACGGCGUGAUUCGGGACGUCAUCCGCACCAGUGGUGAUGAACAGCUCGUUGUCAAGAGCCUCCUCACCUUGACCAACAAGGGCCUCGAGAUGUGCGGAAGCGGCAACAAGCAGUGGCUUGAGGUGACGCAGCUCGGGCUGAAGGCUCUCGGCGCGUGGACCCCCUGGGUCGACCUUGCAGUCGUACUCACACCCGAGACGCUCGGCUUCUACCACCAGGUUCUACAGCAGGACAUUACAUCGCUUCGGACUCUGGCCGCCAGCAUCCUCAAAACCUUCACCGCCAAGGGCAUGAGGGAUCCGUCAGAGAAGCUGCAGGUCCUCAAGGUCCUCAACAUUCUUUCCGUGUUGGAUCCCUUGGAAUCGCAGACGCGCUCCAAGGAGGAUCACGAGAUGGUGCUCUUCCGUGCCUCGCUCGCUGGCGUGCUUCAGGUCUACGGCACUGAGCUUAUCAAGCUCACCGAGCAGGACAAUGCCCCCGAGCAAGUGCGCAAUGAAGCGGACGCCAUGCUCUCUGCUUCCAUUCCUCUCAUUCUUCGCUUCCUCAGCGACAGACAUCCGGAGGUUCCUACGGCCGUGUCACCCUUUGUUUCAGACUUGUUGCGUACCUUCAAGAAGUACGUCAAGCCGCCCGCUGCGCCUUCCAACGGCCGCACCAUGGCGCCUCCUCCUCCCCCCGUUCCACUCCCUCCGGGCAAGCGCGAGUUCCUUCUCUCGGUCCUCGAGGUGGUCGUCCGCCAGCUCGAGUGGCCGGAGGACGUUGAGUGGGAGGCAGUCCAGGACCAGGCCGACGCUGACGAGGGUGUGGAGGCCUUCUGCGCCAUGCGCAAGAGCUUCCGCAGCGUCAUCGACCACAUCGCCUCGAUCGACAGGACGCUCCACGCUGAGGUUGUCGCGAGCAUUGUCAUCAACACCCUCGAGCGACUCGCGAACCAGGGUCCUUCUGCGGUGACCUGGCAGCAAGCCGAGCUUGCCGCCUUCCUUAUCUUCACGUUCGGGGAGAUUGCCAAGACCAACUCGCGUGCGGCUUUUUACGAGCUCCCUCCCGAACUCUUGUCAAAGACCCCAGUCAAGAUGAUUGGUUCCUCCGGCCAGUCAACCCCCACUGGCGGUGCCGCGCCUGACAUCGCGAUUCUCGACUCGAGCACCAAGAUCGACUACGAACAGUACCCUCUCACUCCACUUGGUCGCCUCCUCACUCUCAGCAUGUCCUCAGGUCUCGCUUCGUACCCCCACCCGAGUGUCCCCCUCAUGUACUUCGAGAUCGCGGUUCGCUAUGUUGAUUUCUGGAAGGUCAAGAAGGGCGCGAUCCAGCCCAUGUUCGAGGCCCUCCUCGACACGCGCGGCAUUCGCAACGACGACGAGGGUGUGCGCCGCAGAUCGUUCUACCUCCUCGCGCGCUUCAUCAAGGAGUGCAAGAUCGAGAUGGACAAGGCCAUGAUCCCAAUCAUCCUAGACAGCCUGAGAGAGAUGCUGGAGAUUCACCCCAAGCUUCCUCAGGCAGACACUCCUGACGAUGACCCGCUCCUCAAGGCGACCACGGGCAAGAACUACUUCCAGGACCAGCUCCAUCUCUUCGAAGCUUCGGGAAUGCUCGUGUAUCUGACCAAGUCGGACGCUCAGAGCCAGAUGUCUUUCCUCGCUGCGAUCGCUGGUCCUCUUAUGGCGGGUGUCGGCGCCGGUCUUGAGCAGUACAAGCGCAGGCCGCAGGACCAGAUGGCUGUCCUUCACGUCCACCACCACCUCAUGGCGCUGGGCCACUUCGCCAAGGGCUUCCCGUCCGUGUCCGACGACCAGCUUGAGGCACAGCCGUACCGGCAGCCGUUCAAGCAGAUGACUGAGGCGCUUCUCGAGGCUCUCGAGGUCAUGAAGACCCAGCGUGUCGUCCGUGACUCUGGGCGUUUCGCGUUCUCACAGUUCGUGAACGCCAUUGGCUCUAGCGUCGCGGAGCUUGUUCCGAGAUUCGUCAACUCGGUCGUCACCGAGUUCGAGCCGGCUGAGCUUGUCGACUUCCUCACUUUCCUCUCCCUCCUCAUGCAUCGUCUCAAGAGAAACACCUUUGAGACGAUGGACAUGCUUCUUCUCCCCUUAUUAUCCAGCAUCUUCGCCAUCCUGAAGAAGGAGAUCACGGGCACGGACGAGGCGGUGACCCAUCGUCGUCUGCAGGAAGCGUACCUGGCGUUCUUCACUGCGCUCAUGAACGCCAACCUCGAGGGCGUGUUCAUCUCUGGCCGCAACAAGCCCGAGUUCGAGAACGUGAUUCAGUCACUCAUGGACAUGAGCACCGACAGCUCGGACAUGAUGUCGCAGCGCCUGGCGUUCGCGUUCUUCAGCAAGUCGGUCAUCGCGUGGGCCACAUCAGCGGACGCGGUAUCCAAGCCGUCUGUCUUUAGUGACUCAGCCAUGUCGGUGCAGAGCCUGAAGGUGGCCGCAGGCUUGGCUGCGCCCUCGAACCAACAUGCCAUCUCCAAGGAAGAGCGCGCUGCCAUGGCUCUGCCUGGUUAUGAGAACUUCAUCUACCAGCGCCUCGUUCCAACCGUCUUCACGGUCUCUGCGGACCCCGCGUUCAACGUCAAGCAAGGCCUUCCCGUGCUCUACGAGAUGGCGGGUGUGCUGCGCAACGUUGCGACGGCGCGCGGUCAGGAGGGCAUCGACUUCUUGAUUGGCGACAUGCUUCCCAAGAUUGGCUGCCCUGCGCCCAUGGCACAGCAGUUUAUUGAGCGCCUUCGCACGCAGCCAGCCAAGGACUUCCGCAAGACGUACGCCGAGUUUAUCAAGGCGAUGCGCUCGUAA